AUGAUCGACGAGUGCCCCGCGGAGGAGGAGUGCGGCUCGGAGCACGGCGCGGAGGGCGCGGAGGGCGCGGGCGCGGCGGGCGCGGGCGCCGAGUGGGCGGGGGCGCUGCGCGACCGCGUGCUGUGCGCGCUCUACUCGCGCCUCUUCAACUGGCUCGUGAGCGCCGUGAACGAGGCGCUGCGCGGGCGCGCGGGCGGCGGCCGGCGCUCGCUGGGCAUCCUCGACGUGUACGGGCUGGAGUCGCUGGCGCGCAACGGGCUGGAGCGGCUGCUCAUCAACUACGCGGCGGAGCGCGUGCAGGCCGCCGUCACCGCGCUCACGCUGCGCCGCGAGCAGGAGGAGUACGCGCGCGAGGGGCUGGCGUGGACGCCGCUGCCGUACACGGAGCACGAGAGCUCGGCGGAGCUGCUAGACGCGGGCGCGGAGAGCGUGCUGGGCGCGCUGCGCGACGCCACGCUGCGCGCCGCGCCCGACGCCGCCUUCCUGCAGCGCCUGGCGCGCCGCCGCCACCCGCGCCUGCUGGUGCUGCCGCCCGACCGCUUCCAGGUGCUGCACUUCGGCGGGCCCGUCGUGUACAGCGCGCGCGGCAUCGUGGCCAAGAACCGCGACGCCGUGUGCCGCCGCUGCGCCGCCGCGCUGGCCGCCGCGCGCGAGCCGCUGCUGGCCGCGCUGUUCGCCGCGCCGCCCGCGCCGCACGCGCCGCACGCGCCGCACGCCGCGCACGCGCCCGCCGGGUUCGACUCGCUUCCCGUAUUCCCUGCCCGAUAUGAUUUAGAGUCCUGUACUAUCUGUUAUACACUAUAUGUAUAUAUCUGCCAUGUAGAAAUAAAACAAUUACAAAUAAAUUUAAAGUCACGUGAAAGCUAUCAUUACAUCAUAUAAUUACAUCUUUCACUUAGCAAACUUCGGCUUUCGAUGGUAUUAAAGAAGGUACCAAGGUUCGUCAAAAUAGCUCAUAUCGUUUGCUUCGACGAAUCGGCAUGACGCAGCUUUAUCACUGACAACCAAAGAAUUAACUUGUCACGGUGAAAUUGUUAGCACCGUUAGACUGCAAUGACAUGCAAUAGAAUACAAUCUCGCGAGUUAGAUUAUAAUCCUAACGGUUUUUACUAUUCCAUACAUCUAUCGUUUCGAUCGUGGUCGAGUAAUAAAGAAUGUAAGAGACUGUGUGACCGGGUGAUCUAUCUGUAACAUCGAUCGUCGAGUCAAUGAUUAUAGCCCGUAUAAACCGGUCGUGCGUCAUUUGGCAAACGGGCGCUAAAGGGUCGCGUGCGCGUGUGCAGGGGCGGGUCCCCGCGGCGGGCGAGCGCGCUGGCGUGCCGGCAGCGCGCGCUGGUGGGCGCGCUCGUGCGGCGCCUGCCGCCCGCGCCGCGCCUCGUGCGCUGCCUGCGCGCCGACGCCGCGCUGCGCCCCUACCGCUUCGACGCGCACCUGCUGCGCCACCAGAUCCGCUCGCAGGGGUGAGUGCC